CAUCCUCAGAGUAGAGAUAUAUGUAACCCUUCGUUGCCAAAGGUGUGACCUUGUAAGGCUUGCUUGAUGUCUGAAGCUGUUGUUAGGAGCCCAUCUCAGUUAUGUGGCGCAAAAGAAGCUUACAUCAACUUCACACUGGCCCGCCUUGAAAGUGAUUAUAGGUUGAAUAGACAUUGUGAAGGUAUUGGUGUCGUUGGAAAUCUGUGGCGGUUGAUUUGGAGAAGCACCACAGCUUUAUGAGGGCAGCGCGUUCGUCAUGUAGCUAUCUACCUUGCGGAGCAAGCGGAACCUGUCAACCGCAGCUUAGCCCAAGGUGUGGCUGAACCACACAGUCAUUCUCAUUAGCCACAUAUCACAUGACAUUAGCCCUUGGAUUUUCCCUCCACCACUCACUCAAACAUGAUAACCCUACAAAAUUAAGCGAAAACAUUAGGGCAUGCUAAAACUCUACGAGAGUCGCGACAACCAGAACAGUGCAGGCCCGACAAAUCCAAGACGACAACACUCAACGAACCGAUACCCAACGAACAAACCGAAUCGGUUCUUCGUCCAAGAUGUCGGCAACUCAAGAGAGUCAGAAGAAGACCUUCGGAAAGUCGACGAGAGAGAUUCCUCACCACAGCCAAAAGGCCAGCAAAUGGUACCCGGCCGAGGAUGAGGCCCAGCACAAGAAGGUCCGCAAGACCAUCCGUGCUUCCACCCCUCGCUCUUCCCUCGUCCCCGGUACCGUCCUCAUUCUCCUCGCUGGCCGCUUCCGUGGCAAGCGUGUCAUCCUCCUGAACACCCUCGACCAAGGUGUUCUCCUCGUCACCGGCCCAUUCAAGGUCAACGGUGUCCCCGUCCGCCGCGUCAACGCCCGCUACGUUAUCGCCACAUCCCACAAGGUUGAUAUCUCCGGUGUCGACUCCAAGAAGAUCGAGGAGAUCUCCGACGAGAAGUACUUCGCCCGUGAGGCGUCCGACAAGAAGACCGGCGAGGCCGAGUUCUUCAAGCAGGGCGAGAAGCCAGAGAAGAAGAAGCCUUCUUCCAACCGCGCGGCUGACCAAAAGUCCGUCGACAAGUCUAUCCUUUCCGCCAUCAAGAAGGAGCCCUUCCUCGUCAGCUACCUCGCAUCCUCUUUCUCCCUCCGCAAGGGUGACAGACCACAUGAGAUGGCAUGGUAAAUGGUGAAGAAUGUUCUAGGCGUAGCAGUGGUGUGAGGGAAUCGCUCUAUUAGGUGCUCGCAGUUGGGCCUUGAUGUGGCAUCGGUCAACAAUUGCUGGGCGCUUUGUAUUCAGACAACUUCAACGCAUCAAAGACAUUACAAAGCAUUCCAAAACUAUGUUGCCUCGAAGAGUGAUGAGUGUGAUCAUGGAUAGUGAAUUUAUGGGUUUGAAAGGAGUGAUGAGAUCAGGUAUUGACAUGAGUUUAGAGCAGAAUUGAGACACGGGAUCACUAUAGAUUUCCAUCCAUCUUUUAAU